AUGGCUGAGGAUGAGGUGACAGCCCUCCGCGAGCAGGUGGAAUCCCUGCUCAAGGAGCGUGCAGAAUGGCUGGCACAGCGCGAGCGCAUGCGCGAAGAGAUCGAGGUGCUACAGAGUCGGCUUCAAAAGCUGUCACAAGCGCCUCCGGAGGCGGCUGCGGAAGCUGCUGUGCCUGCAGAGGGGUCCGGGGACAUCGUGGAUGAGAUGCUUCGCUCUCCGCAGGACGAGGCGUUGCAGCUACGAGGCAUCGAGACUCUCUUUGCGCAACAGACGCAGGCCGGUGCAGCCAGCGAGGACGCAUCGCCGGCCAUGAGGCGAAGCCUUGAGGCGGCAAUAGCUGUCUUCGUCAAUCAUCAGGGCAACUGGAACCUGCUGCUAAAGGCGUCGCAAUUCCUGUCGGUCCUGUUAGCGGAGCCCUCAGCGCAGCAGCUCCUUCCUCAGGCGGUGAUGCGCAGUGCUUCUGAGGCAGUAUUGGCUUCAAGCGCGCAGCUUAGCGAGGCUCAGUCUACUUCGCCCUCACAGGGCGGGGGCCCCACCCCCACGAAGCUCAUCACCUGGCUUUUGUCUCUUUUGGCUCUGCUGCUGCCCGCUGUGGAGCCCUGGCUGCGGCAGAGGCUCCAGAGCCAGGACUUUGUGAAGACGCUGCUGAACGCCGUUGUCAGCAAGCUCCUCACCGAGUCUGAACUCCCCGCGGAGGCCGUCAUACUGAAGAGUGUGCAGCUGAUACCGCUGUUGCCUAUGGAGUCCUGGAUUCAGCAGGCAUGCCUUGACAGUGGUGCCAUUCACUCCUUCGCUUUGGCACGGCAGCGUGUCGUUGCAAAGAAAGGAGGAGAGCAGCUGGACCCCACGCUGGCAAAGGCAGUGCAGAGCGCAAUCCGCAUGGUGUUCAGCAACAACUUGGAGCUGUGCUCCUUUGCCCUCGGCGACUCUUUCGUUGGGGAUACCUUCGUCUGUCUCGAGGUGCUGGAUGAGUUGCAGAGCCUGGAGCAGCAGAGGCGCGGCACCUUCCGUCGCCUGGAGAGCGAGUUCGACGUCAUCGGCAAGGUCUUGUCUCUGUGGGCCUUCCACCAGCGGCAGACGUUGGAGGACCCGAACCCCGGACAGUGCAGUUCCCUGGCAGUGCUGCGCAAGGUGUCAUCUCUUCUGCAGUCCCUGUUCCUGAAGCUUCCACCGCAAAGGCUGCUGAUGCGGUUAGAGGAGUACCAAGAAUCGGAGGCUUUGGUCCGGAUCGCACUGGCGACCGUGCAUCAGAACGCGCAGCUGAGGCUGCAGAUGGCGGUCAACUAUACCGAAAACAACGUGAUUCCGGUCAUGGUUGCGUGUCUGCAGUUGCUGCUUCGUGGCUACGAGUGCUCCGAGAAUGGGGCAGACUCAGUCCCCGAGAUAGAGGUGGCUUUUCGACACCUAGCAGAGGAGAAGUUGCCCAUCGAUGGCUGGUCCUACGUCACCUACUGCUUGGAGGUCUGUUUGCACGUUUUGUCGCACUGGUCUUGUCUCAGAGCAGCUCAGACCAAGGCGGAGGCUCUGGACCCCGGGGCGGCGCCCGUUCGCCUUGCAUCCGCAGGGGUCGUCGACGUCCUUGCCGAGCUCAUCGACGCACCGGCCGCCGGCGUGGAAUUGAGAGAGACACCCUCGGCGGCAGUGGUGCAGAAGGCGAGUGAGACGCUGCACGCGCUGUUCGAGCGGAAUGGCCACAUCUGUCUGUUCUGCAUGAAGCACUACACAGAGGUGAAGCAAAUUCUGCUGGUAGGUUGCGAAAGCAUCGUGUCCGAUCCUCUCAGCGACCAUCCUCAGAUGCAACAGGAGGCGAUAGAGCUCUUCUCAGCGGCCUUCGAAAAGUUUGCCAUGAAGGACGAGCGACUGGGCAGGAAGUUGCUGAAGGCCCUGACAGUUCUGUUCGAGUCCUCUUACCAGUUGGUGGUGUGGUUUCUGCAACAGCACCCUCUCGGCUCUCUCUCGGAGACGCACAGUCUCGACGCGCAUAUUGAGGCCGUCCGGGCUGUAGCGCGUGCUGGCUACUGGUCUGCUGAGGACGCUCCACUGUUGCCUGAGUUCGUGGCGGCGCUUGUCUCUACCAUGUACGAUGCAGUGGAGGGGCACCUGGACUUCUCGAAGCCUCCUGGUGGCUCAGGCUGCCGUGUCAUCGACCUCACCGAAGCAGAAGAGAUCGCUUCGAGCUGUACGUCGUCUGUGCUCCAUCUGAUGCUGAUAGACCCAUCACCGCCAACGGUGCAGCGAUGCCUGGCAGACUGUCUCGGUAAGCGUCUGACACGCAAGGGAAAUGCUGGGUAUCCCGCCCAGGAGAAGACCGAGGAUCUGCCUCCUCUGGAAGACGUGGAGGCGAGCGACGCGCCCAAUUCCGAGGAGGCGGUCAACACGGUCAUGAAGAUCAUGCAGGUAUUCCCGUCGUCUGACCGGCUCCAGAUGAACUGUCAGCACAUCCUGACUUCGCUGCUGGGUGAAUGA